CCCGUAGGGGAACACAGCGUUUGUAGGUCAGUCGCCUACAUAUCCCAUAAUUCUGAGCAACCGUUUAUUUGGACUAAAUCUCUGCUGCUCUCUUUCAGCACCGGACUGCUCUGCGGGUUUUACAAUAAUGCAGCCCUUUCAGUCUUUAUUCUUUUGCUUUAAAUUAAUAACAUGUUUGGCUGAAUCUACGUGGUUUACGGAGAAGAAAACAGAAACAUGAAAUGGAGCUCACUCGGAACAGACCGUCAUUGUAUGGAGAAAUCGCUCAUGGUCUUGGAUUCUGGACUGGCCGGUCAGCAGUGCAUGAGGCCGCUGCACAGGGCAGGGCCCUUCAGCUACAGCAGCUGAUCGAGGGAGGUGCAGCAGUAAACAUAGUGGCAGUUGACUCCAUAACCCCCCUGCAUGAGGCGUGUAUACAGGGACAGACCCAAUGCGUCAGACUGCUGCUGGACGCUGGUGCACAGGUUGAUGCUCGUAACAUAGAUGGCAGCACUCCGCUGUGUGAUGCCUGUGCAGCCGGGAGCCUUGAAUGUGUCAAGCUGCUGCUGGAGUACGGAGCCACAGUUAAUCCUCGGCUGUUUACCUUCUCCCCACUUCACGAAGCUUGCAUGGGAGGGAAUUCUGAUUGUGUUCAGCUUAUGAUUAAUAAAGGAGCUUUCAUAGAGGCACAUGACUGCCAUUAUGGGACACCGCUUCAUGUAGCCUGUGCAAGGCAACAUCUUGACUGCGCAAAAGUUCUGCUCAUUGCAGGGGCAAAUGUGAAUGCUGCCAAGAUACAUGAGACGGCCCUUCAUCAUGCAGCCAAAUCAAAGAGCAUUGACCUGAUUGAUCUACUCAUGGAGUUUGGGGGGAACGUGUACGCCAGAGAUAACCUGAACAAAAAACCCAUCCACUACACCAGUCCUGGAUCUCCUUCUUAUCUCUGCCUUGAGUUCUAUGAGAAUAACCCCCUCAGUCUACAGCAGAUCAGCAGAGUGGCUGUGAGAGGGGCGCUGGGCACAAGAGCAAGUGAAGUUGUUUUCAAACUGGGCUUGCCCAAUCGCAUUAUAAGUUUUCUUUCUUACAUGCCACCUCCAGCUAUCAAAAUGUAAUCACCAAUGGGAAACUUAAAAGUAUACUAUGUAAUAUUUCUGCAUUAAAGUGUUUGUAUAUUUUAAUUUUCUUACCUAAGUUAUCUUCAAAUAAUCUUUAAAUUAAAUUUAAAAUGUUUUCAACAAUGUUCAAACCUAGAGGAAUCUGCCAUUUUAAUCAAUGACACGGACCAUAUCUUUUUGUCCGGUAAAGACCUAAUUUAUUUAUAUAUUUUAAUAUUGAUCCAGCUUACUACAGUGUGCUACAUUGACAAGUUGCUCAUGCUAAUGCUUGUUGGCUAAACUAUACCAUAACAUUAUAAGUUUACAACAACUUUGAACACGCUCAUAGUUAUUUAUAGUAUGAUUGUUUUGACCGUGGUUAACAGUGCUAGACUCACCCAUAAAUAAAGUAGCCACGUAACAUUAGCUGUAUGGUUAGAUGACUAAUCUAAUGCUAAGUUAGCCAGGGUGGACACUGAUAUGAAAUAUAUUGUGAUAUUGUGAUUUUAGAGGCUGGCUAAUGUUUGCUUGCUUGCUUGCACCACAAAUAGAAUCUAAGUAAUUAUCUGGGAAACACUGCAGCUAUGCCAUGAAUAAACGUAAUGUGAAUAAAACAUUAAUAGAUUAAAAAC